AUGGCAGCUUUGGACGGAAUACCAUUCAGUGUAUUUUGUACUUCUGAGGAUCUGCGAAGACUGUUUACAAAUUCUGGCUACAAUAAAUUACCGAAGACUCCAAAUGGUAUAAAAAAUAUAGUCAUAAACUAUAGUAAACAGGAAAAGAAAAAACUGGUGACUGAACUGAAAAAUCUAUUAGCCCUUGGUAAAAAGUUUUCUUUGAGUUUUUAUGUGUGGACAUCAUCUCGUAACGCCAGAUAUAUGAAUAUCAACAAUCACAUAGAAGUUGAGUUCACAGAUGGCUCACGUUUCAAAAAUCUGGGUUUGGUGCGAAUGGAUGGUUCAAUGCCAUCUGUGACGUGUAUCAGACUUUUGAAAGAAAAGCUUUCAGAAUUUGAGCUUUCUUUAGAUAGAGAUAUAGUCGCAAUAGUCAGAUGGCGCCAGCGUCAUGUUAAAUGUUGGAAGAAACCUGCGCGCUUAUCAUCAAGUCAAAGUCAAGUGCGGAAAAUGUGCGAUCCCCUGAUGCUGCUGUUACUGCUGGUGGAAGUGAAAGUGACUCCGAAUUCGAGAACGACGCAGAUAGUGCUGAGGACGAAACCGGGGGGAUUUGAAGUAAUACCGGUGGUGUCAAACCCAAACGAGCUUAAUAAUGACUAUAAAAGUGUCAUCAUAACAAUACCUUGGAUGCCCUCUGCUACUUACGUUCCAUAA